UACGCAGCAGUUUUCUUCUCUUACUCGAUCAGAUCCAACGACUUCUACGGCCAAUAUUUAUCGUUCGCAAAGUAGGGAAGCGGCGAUUGAGCGCCGCUCUGUGAUCCUUCACUUCGAGCACCGAACGAAGGCGGAUCGGAAGCGACUCGAUCGGAGAGAUCUAAACCCUAGCGAAUGGAGGAGGAGGAGGAGGAGGGCCGCAAGAGUCCUCCCAAGAACCAGGAAGAGAAGCCGCAAGGAGGCGGCGGAGGCGGAUGGGGCAGCUGGGGUAUCUCCUCUUUCUCCAUGUUCUCGGAUCUCCAAAAGGCCGCGGAAGACAUCUCCAGAAAUGCAGUUGAAGUCGUUAAGAAUGCAACCAAAGGCAUCACCGACCUGGAGAUUGCGGGUUCAGAUUCCGAAACAACCGAUGAGGUCUCGAAGGAUUCCAGAGGGGGAGAAGAAGAAGAAGAGGAGGAGGAGGAGGAGCAUGAGCACGAUAGACUUCGCAAGUCCGCGCUUGAUAAACUGGAGAAAGCUAGUGAGGAUUCUCUGUUCGGUCAGGGUCUCAAGGUACUUGACAAUUCAGUGGAAAGUUUUGCUUCAGGAGCAUGGAGUGCGUUGGGUAGUGCUUGGAAAGGGGGUUCAAGCCUUGUCAGCAAGUUGGAGCUUUCUGCUGCAAGUCUAGCUGAUUCCAUUCACCAGGGAAACCUGCCCGGCAAAGCCACUUCUUUUGCCCCAUCAGUUAUAGAAACUGGUAAGACUUUUACAACUACGGGGAUGGAAGUGCUUGAGCGGGUUGGAAAAGAGACUAUGGAGCUGCUCAUUGCAGAGACUGGUCUUGAAUUUGAGAAGAGUCCUAAUGAGGUUCACCAAGAAGAUGAUGAGGAACAGUUGGAGGAAGUUACAUUUGAUAGGUGCUUUUAUAUUUAUGGAGGUCCUGAUCUGCUUGAGGAACUGGAAGCACUGUCAAGCCAUUAUGCUUUGUUGUUUAACAGGAGAAAAGCAAAACUUUUAGCAGAACAGAAAUCCCUUUAUGAUGCUAAACUACAACAGAUCCAGCAAAUCUUCAGUCUGACGGCCGAUGUUGAAGGAAAUAGUGAAGAUUCGAAUAAAGGAAAAAAUAUUGAGACCUUAAGUGGUGACAGUGAUGUCGAGAUGACAAAGUUAUGUGAUUCAAGUGUCAGGAGAGCUGCUGAUAUUGCCUCGGGGUUCACACCAGUUCUUGGAGGACUUUCAGCAAAUGAUAUAAUUGAACGAGCUCCUGACAGACUUGAUACAAUGCACUCAGAGUGUAUCCAUAGACUGUCAGAACUUUGCUGCUCUGUGGUAUCUCAACUUCUGAUUCUUGGAAAAUCAGUUAUCUCUAGUGCAAACAGAGGAAAGAAUGGAGAAACAGAAGGAGAAACCCCAAAGAUUGAUUGGCCCGAGGAGGCUGUCUCAAAAGCUAAGAUCAUCAGACACAAGGCCCAAUCCAUGUCUGGAAACAUGGAAACAGUUUCUAACAGCUUUAUUACAGGAACCUCAGAAAUAGUAGAAGCUUACCUGACAGCUAUACUAAGUGUUUCUUCUGAUAAGCAAGAACUCCCUCAGAGUACUGUACAGGAAAAGGCCAAUGAUAUAACAAAUCAUCUCCGAGCUGGUGGAGCCACCGCUGCCGAGAAAAUUCAGGAUGCCCUCCGGUACCUGGCGUACGUGGUUCUCAUUACCUCCAUGCCAACCGUAUAAUAUUCGUGAACGAUUGAUGAGUUCUCUACUUUGUUUGGUGUACUGAUGUCUGUACAUGGUUUAGUUAGCCAGAUUGAAUUAAGCUAAAUCCUUGCACUGCCUUCCCAGUUUGUGGAUUAUAUUUUUUGCAUGGUUUUGGUGUUAUUCAAAUCUUGUUGUGGUA